AACCCGUGGCUCUUUCAACAUAUAGCCAGUUUUUCUCAUAGCUCUAAGCAAAAAAUAUAAAUGACUUCAGAAAUAAAGAGAACUGAGGUGGAGGGAGACUUUUUUAUUUAUUUUUUCGUUCUUUAACUGAAGUAUAAAGUGCCAGCAGAAAAAAAUACAGUGUGGGGCCUCAGCGUCAUUAACACCGUGCGCUUGUGUGGGAGACAAUCUUUUUUUAUUUAUUUUUUCGUUCUUUAACCAAAGUAUAAGGUGCCAGCAGAAGAAAAUACAGUGUGGGGCCUCAGCGUCAUUAACACCGUGCGCUUGUGUGGGAGACAAUCUUUUUUUAUUUAUUUUUUCGUUCUUUAAUCAAAGUAUAAGGUGCCAGCAGAAGAAAAUACAGUGUGGUGCCUCCGCGUCAUUAACACCGUGCGCUUGUGAGUUACGCCGUGCUUCUCGUCACUCACACAAGCCGGCUACGUGUGCGUCAUUACGCUUACGUAAAGUCGUGACGCCCCGGUCUCGCGUGAUGAGACUAGUGGCGUCGGGAUUUUGUAUAUGACAGGAAGCGAGGAGCCUGUAGUUGACAGCUUUGCGGGUCGGGAUGGCAUAUGCAGUCCAGGAUAAACGGUUUGCUCCAUCCUUACUAAGCUUCUUCAUAUAUAACCCAAAGUUUGGCCCACGAGAAGGAGAAGAAGAAAAAAAGAUUCUCUUUUACCACCCAAAUGAAGUAGAAAAAAAUGAAAAAAUUAGAAAUGUCGGCUUAUGUGAAGCAAUCGUGCAGUUUACCAGGACCUUCAAUCCAACAAAACCUGCUAAAUCUUUGCAUACUCAGAAAAACAGACAGUUUUUUCAUGAGCCAGAAGAGGGCUUUUGGAUGGUCAUGGUAGUGAAAAAUCCACUUGCAGAAAAGCAAAAAGAAGGCAAGACAGUGUUGGAAUACCAAGAAGAUGAGUUAUUAGAUAAAGUUUAUUCCUCAGUGCUUCAACAGUGUUACAGAAUGUACAAGCUAUUUAAUGGCACUUUCAGCAGGGCAAUGGAAGUUGGGCAGGUUGAACUGCUUAAGGACAGACUGGAGAAGUUCUUUCAUCGGUAUUUGCAGACAUUACAUUUGCAUUCCUGUGACCUUCUCGAUGUUUUUGGCGGCAUCAGCUUCUUUCCACUGGACAAGAUGACAUACCUAAAAAUCCAGUCUUUUAUUAACAGAAUAGAAGAGAGUCUGAACAUAGUGAAAUACACAGCUUUUUUAUACAACGACCAGCUUAUAUGGAGCGGGUUAGAACAAGAAGAUAUGAGAAUCCUUUAUAAAUACCUCACUACUACCCUUUUCCCUAGGUAUACGGAACCAGAGCUAGCAGGUAGAGAUUCACCCAUACGCCCUGAAAUGCCUGGCAAUUUACAGCAUUAUGGAAGGUUUCUCACUGGACCCUUGAAUCUCAGUGAUCCCGAAGUCAAAUUUAGGUUUCCAAAAAUAUUUGUGAAUACAGAGGACUCUUAUGAGGAACUUUAUCUGAUUGUUUACAAGGCCAUGAGUGCCUCUGUGUGCUUCAUGAUUGACGCGUCUGUGCAGCUAACAGUGGAUUUUUGUCGAAAAUUGGACAGCCUUGUUGGACCUCAGCUUACAGUGCUGGCGUCGGAUAUAUGUGAGCAAUUUAAUAUCAACCGACGGAUAUCAGGGUCUGAAAAGGAACCCCAAUUUAAAUUUAUUUAUUUCAACCAUAUGAAUCUAGCAGAGAAAAGUACAAUCCACCUGCGGAAAACGCCAAGUAUGUCCCUGACCUCAGUGCAGCCUGAACUAAUGAAGAUUCUAGGAGACAUCAACGGUGAUUUUACAAGAGUGGAUGAAGACGAGGAGAUCAUUGUAAAAGCUAUGAGCGAUUACUGGGUUGUUGGCAAAAAGUCUGAUCAGCGAGAAUUGUACGUUAUAUUAAACCAGAAGAACUCCAAUCUAAUUGAAGUAAAUGAAGAAAUCAAGAAACUCUGUGCAACCCAGUUCAGUAAUAUAUUUUUCCUGGAUUAACCUGCAUGUGUUCAGCAGCAGGGUGGCAUGCAGCAUUUUCAAAAAUGGCCCGCAUCAGCCUUUUUGUGUUCCAUGGACAGAAUAUUGGUCAUAUUAUUGACUGGAAUGACUGUUGUAAGGCAAUACUUGCCUUGUAAGACUCGCAUUUCUAUCCUUAGGUUCAACGAGCAGACUGUUUUAGAUUUUAAUUAUUUAUGUGAAAUGUCGCAGAAGUCUCCACGCUAAAACGGCUGUACCAUUCCAUUUCUGUUACUUUAAUACAUGACUGGAAAAAAUAAAUCCACUAACUGUUGUUAUACUUUUAACCAGA